CCAUCAUCCCUAAGUAGCCAGAUUUACAUAAAGCAUAAAGUUUGAAGUAAAUAUAUCAAUCCAGAUUAGAAUCAUUUGUUUUUAGGAUUACCCAAGUAGGAGUCAAUCAUAAUUGCCUGAGUUGAAAAAAACAUGGUUCAUCAUUUAAUUUGUUUACCCCAAGAGAGUAGUUUAACCAGUAAAAGUUUAAAAUUCUAAAAUGGAGAUUUUAAAUUCGAACUUUAAAUCAAGUGAAGGGAAAAUCUGAAAAAACGAAGAGCUAUUCCUUUUAAUUUGUUCAUGUUUUCUAUGCUUUGUUUUUUGAAUCUUCUAUCCAUGAUGAUGGCCAUUUUUAGUUACUAAUAUUAUGUUAUUAUUUCUUAAUAGUUAAUACAGUAUGAACUAAAUGAAUUUUCAAGAUGGGGUGCUGAUGUGUUAGUGUCGCAAAAUCUAACUCCCAAGCUGUACUCCUGCAUUACUGCUACCAUGGAUACACAGUCAUCUAUUUGUGGAAACUUGUCAUAUGGAAGUCCAGUUUCUGCUAAUAAACCGAAGAGCAAAGAUGAUAAUCAACCAAAAGGAGCUACUAGUGGAUCCUUAGGUGAACAAUCAGAUGAUGAAGAUGUAGAAAUAGAAGCUGGUCCAUGUGAGCAGAGUACGGAACCCAUUGAUUUAAAACGUCUUAGAAGGAUGGUUUCUAACAGGGAGUCUGCCAGAAGAUCAAGGAAAAGAAAACAAGCUCAUUUGGCAGAUCUUGAAUUACAGGUUGAACAAUUGAGAGGAGAAAAUGCAUCCUUGUACAAGCAGUACACUGGUGCUGUUCAACAGCAUCGUAAUGCUUCCACAAACAAUCGGCUGCUUAAGUCCAGUGUGGAAGCCUUGAGAGCCAAGGUAAAUUUAGCUGAAGGUAUGCUUGCUCAAGACUCCAAAACUUGCAGUUUCAAUCAAGUUCCCCAAAGUCACUUGUUUCCACCUCAACCAAUUAAUGGUCAUAAUCUUUAUAGAAUGGCAGAUGUGUCGCCAACCAUCACUGUUCCUGGAGAUGAAUCCUCGCAUGUAUGGAUGGCACUUUCUGGAAAUUCAACCUUUGGACCUUGCAGUGUAGUCAACAUCAGCCAUGGCAGUCUUGGUAAUGGCAUUGUUAGUGAUGCUACAAGCUGUGAAUCAGAUAUUUGGCAUUAAAAGGUUCAUUUAUCUGUACAAUUAUUAGAUGUGGUGCGAAUUAAGUCCUUGUAAUCCUCUAUUUCUACCUACAAAGCAGUAGGUAUUGAUUUCUUAGAAGAUUCAGUGUUAUGUUUU